AUGGUCUCGUUGGGCGUCCCGACUGCCAGAUUUGGUGCGCCCCCGGAUCCUGACAAGCCAGAACCGCAUUAUCCUGGCGUUUCCUCUAAAAAGUUUGAUGCCCUCGGAGCUCUGAAAGUUUAUAGAGAUAAUCUGAAGCGCGACGCGAACAUCAGAGCAAAUCAGCAAUACCUCCAAUCUGGACUUGGACCUGUCCGGCACAGGCGUCGCUUGGAAGACUUGAUGCCAGGGCGGGCUUCUGUGGCUGAAGCGUAUGAGCACAUGGGGUACAAACACGAUCCCAUUACUCGGCGGAUGCUGCCGCCAGAGCCACCAGCACUUUCAGGAACCUUCCCUGACGACCUGCAGUCUCUGAGCUCAAAGCGAUCAUCUGUGCUGCAAG